UGCUUGUUGCAACUCGUUUCAUGAAUUACUCAUAACUUUUGGUAUUUAAAAUAUAUUAGUAUUCCUAAAGACACAGGUUACAGUUUAUCCUGUUUCAAUUUCUUGUGUUAAUAAAGCAUACCAUUUAUUUUAUACCAUGAAUUUUGUGAUAACUUAUAGGAUGUAAAGACUAAUAUAGUGUUUUUAGUCAAAUGUUUACAUAAUAUGCUUUAAAAAGAACUUAAAAUUAAGCUUCUACAAUGAACAAAGAAAGCACCAGAUGUGGUGCUGCCGGACUUCGACGCUCAGCUAUUGUUGAAAGACUACGCCUUAGAGAGGAAUGGUCUGCUUUAAAAGAGAUUCCCAUUGAUAAAGGGUCAAGACAUAAACAGUGUACAAGGCCUAAGAACCAACCAAACAAGAAAACAGCACCUAAAUCAGACAAAAACACAGUUGUAAACAAUAUCAUUGCUCGAUGUGAGAAAUCUAAAGAAAUAAGUGAGGUGCUUCGAGGCGUGGUGAUAUUAGUAGAUGUGGGUGCAGAAACGCGUGCUCUGGCGCUUAGGGCUGCGCUUACGGCCUUAGGGGCCUCCGUCGUGCCUUCUUGGAGCCCUCUCGUCACACACCUAGUCUGGACUCAAGGUGGCUGUAGAAGCAUUCGCGCCAAAGCCAGGGCGUUUGCGUGCCAACUCGUGUCCCCGCUAUGGGUAGAGGCUUGCGCGGCGGAGGGGAGAAAGCUUCCGGAGAGGAUCUUCCCCGCACCAACGAGACCUUCAGAUCUGCCUUCACCGGCCACUUUGAGGAGGUUCCUGAAAAAAGCCGAACUGGAGAACAUACAGCUGCAAGACCUGCUGUCCAGCAGUCCGGAGGGCGGCCCGCGCCCGGCGCCACUCCGCCUGUCCAGCGAGGCGGACACCAGCGCCAACGACACGUCGCGCGACACGACCGACGCGUCCAAGGACACGUCACACGACGCCACCGAUAUAGAAGCGCGUGUUAAUACUGCACCACGACGCAAGCCUCAAGAUCCCACAACCACCAAAAAGCCCGCAAAGUCCAAGAGAAAGCUCUUCACACAAAAAGAGCCAGAACUCCAGACUAGUGACGAUGAAAGCGACAACGAAACCACGGCUGGCCCGACAAUAUUGCAACCGUCGAAAUUGACGCAACGCAACAGAAAAGAUUUAGCCCAAGCGGAAAGAAUGGCAAGAAUUUUAAUGGGAACUGCUAAAAGCACACAAGCGAACAAAAAUACCGCUGGAACGCAAUUUAACAAACCACCAAGAUUUGUGUUAACGGGCAUGUCCCGCAAUGAACGCCUCGAGGCGUGGCAAGCUAUUAAGCAACUACAUGGAAAAGUCCAGCAACAUGUAGAUAGAAAAACUACACACGUCAUUAUGGGUUCGUGUCAUGAACCCGAAAAUGAACCAUUAACAACAAUUACACGACAAUCGCCAAGAACGCCAAAAAGGUUAAUUCAUUUAACUAUGUGCAACAAAUGUAAUAGUCCGGGGAAAAUACUUUCCAAAAUGUUCUCAACUAAGGUCACAGUCGAAGACUAUCCCAAAAAGGAUAAAAAUGACGAAAGUGUAGUAUGUAACUGUGACUAUAAUGAAAUAUCUGGCGUCAAAAAUAUAUCAGACAUUUCACCUGGCGAUAAUAAUUUAGUGUUUCCUGUGGAAUUAAGGAGCAACCAUAAUAAUAUUAUUAAUCUUAAUUCUGAUAAAAAUAAUGAUGUAGGAAGAAAAAAUACACAAAGUUUUGAUAUUUUGGGUCCUGAUACAGCAAAUGGGCAGAAUCAUGAUAUUUUUGGUUCUGAUAGGGAAGUUAUAGAUAACCAUGACGAAUUGGGUCCCGAAAGAGAAAUUUCACAGAAUAAUAAUUUAUAUCCUACCACAGAGCAAAGCCAUAAUCGUUUAGAAAAUGUGGUUAAAAGUAAACCAAGAACGGUUAAUGCUUUACUGGGUGCUGCCAGGGGUUGCAGGGUUUUGCGAUUUGAGUGGAUAACAGAUUCGUUAAGGGCGAAUCGGUGGUUGCAACAUAUUGGUUACGAAGUGCGCCAUUUGAAGAAAAUUUCUCAGAGAGCACGUGUGGAACGCUCGGCCCUCAACAAAAUGCGUUCAGAUUACGCUUACAACGUUUUUAACGGUAUGCGUGUGAAAAUAUCACCUGAUGCCGACCAAAGAGAUGCCAUAACGCAAUUAUUGACACUCUGUGGUGCUACAAUAUAUGAUGGCGACCAGCAGAACCCAGAAAAGUCGCUAAAUAAAGAUAAAGAGAAGCGAACGCCAAAUAACCAAAAAAAAGGAAAAAACAACCGAAAUGGCGCUAAAAUUAAAUUCAGCCAUCUUAUUGCUCUCAUACAUAAACAAGAUGGCGGACAAAAGGACCAGAUGACCCAAAGUGACCGUCGACUUGGCGCGCAAACACAAAUACAAGAUGGCGGGCCAAUAGCAGCUGGUUUUGAUUUGACGGUCGGGAAGGCCACAGGCGAAGUUAGUUCGAAAUGGGUUUUCGAUAGCGUGGCUGCCGCAAGAAUGAGGACUACUCGACGAUACAUUAAUGAUUAGUUGUUACCUCUGACUUUACGAUCGAAAUUCAAUUCUUCCCAUACUUUUGGAAGUUACUCACCAUAUCCAGAAAGGAUGGAUACCUCUAGUAUCCAGAUGUAGAUGGCGGAAAAAAAGGUCAAUAUACAAAGGUCAAUACAGAGAAUUUUGUAAAAUCGGAAGUGUAUGUGACAAAAGCUCGAUGCUCGGUACAUAGGCUCUUCAGAUGUCAGCCAAGGGCGAGCUAAAGUUAUCGAUAUCGUUAAGGACCGAUAUGAUACACAAGUAUUUGCGUAAGGGUAGUUUAAAGAAUCGUCAUCAAUAGUCCACCGUUGGACUAAAAGGCUUCUCCCAAUGGUAGGGUUUGCCCAUAAUCACUAAGCUGUCCAGAGACAGUUGAUGGCAGUUGCAGCACAGUUUUAAGACGCUGGCACGACAUUCAUUUUAAAGUAUAUAAAGACAGAAAUAUACAACGGUUGCAGGCUGAUAAUUUAUUUAUUUUUAUUUAAGAGUAUAAUUCUUUAUUUGUACACCACUCAGAAAAACAAGACAAAAAAAAAAGAACAAACACAUGAAGAAUGAAGCAGGAUACAAAA